GUAAACAACUUUCUAUUUUUAGUAUAGCUUAAUAGCAACUUAGAAGAACCUUUCAUUUUCAGGUGGCACAACUUCAAUCUCUCCUUUAAUGAUCUUUUCAAGGAAUUCGGAUACAUAAAAAAGAAACCAAUGCAAGACGCAUCGAAUGGAUCCAGAAGCAUGUACCAAUCAUACUUAUACUUUCCCAAUGUUGCCAAACGAAUCUUGGGCAAACAAAGAAAGUUAAUCUUUCUGAAAAAUUUACGUUUACUUUUAUUAAUUUUUUUCAAGCAAAUCUGGCUAAUAUAACGCAGCUUAGAAAAAAGCUGAGAAAAAAGCAGAUCCAGUGUAUACCGUUCGCUGUGUUAAUCUUGUCUUCUAUGAGAAAAAUACCACUGUUUGUGCAAUUACAUUGUCAUGAUCUCAACAUGUCUCACGAAAAAAUGUUUGACACUUCGACAAUUUUACACUUCUCUGAGUAUUUUACUAAUCCUCUUUCAAGUGAAUCAUGGUGCAAUACCGCUAGCAACUCAAGAAGAUUUACUACAUUCGUUCAAGAGCUAUUACGACGUGGCGAUGUUUCACUAUACGGUACCAAAGGAAGUAUUAAGGGCUACAUGGCAGUUUGCUGCGUUUAUGGAUGAUCCAAGUUGUCAACCUCGGGAAGUAUACAUACACUUAAGAUUUGGUAGUUAUCCAAUUAUAUCCGCAAACAAUGAAUCAUUCUUCAUAAAUACACAUGUCAAAAGCGAUCAUGACAUCAUAGUCACAACUAUGACAACUUAUCAGCCAAAACUUCAAACUGUUGUGCCAAUUUAUGGGCCUGAAGCUGGAAAUUGGUUUGUGGGAGCUUAUAUGUCUCCAUGGGACCAAAGAGUACAACAGCAAGGUCUAGGACAUAUAUGUCAAUACAGCAUAGGUACAGUAGCUUUAUGGUCACAAGUAGAUAAUAUUGAAAACAUUCCUAUUGGUUACGAAAUGACAUCGCAAACGAGUACGAUGACAACGUACUACAAAAUAUAUAUUCCAUCAGGAAUAUGGGCUUUCCGUGUAUCUAUAUGGAACUGUAGUUUUACCCUGUCAAGUCAUCACGAUAUUCGUGAGCCAUGCAUCAAUAGCAUGUCCUUAAAGGGACGCGCUUUACCAGUAUCCAAUCAUCUUCAUCCUGAGAAGUCUAUAAGUCUGAAUACGUAUGCUAAUUAUAGCUUUAUAGAAUCGUCUCCUUACGAAGAUAGUUAUUACUACUUAUCGAUAGUUUCGAGCAGUAUCAUCAAGUUCAGCAUUAAGGUCGAUGUAUCUGAAUGUCCAAUCAGAGUGACGGAGGAAUUUUUCAACAAAGAAUAUAUCAAUACUGCCGUAAGUUUUAAUUCCAUAACUGGUCCAAAUGCCAAAGAUUUCAUAAAACGUGCGCAGUAUUACGAGGAAAAUAAUACCAGCGACAAAUAUGUGUCUCACAAAAUGCAAGUUUACCGGAGAAAUGGGGAACGUAACAUUAGAGAUGUUUGCAUGCCACGCCAUCAACUGGUUCGUGUGAAACACGCUGAGGCGCUUUCGACCAUUUAUCUCUUACAGGGAAAGGAGUGGUUGAAUUCGCGUUUGAUGUUGACGGAUUUGGUCCCCCUAAUGACGCAAUUCAGUAUUUUGCCAAUGGUAGAUACUGGUGGUACGCUCGACAUCAGUGCGCGAUUACAAACGGAAAAGCUGACGUCAAAAAUAUUAGUACUGGUAACAAUGUGUAUUCAAAGAGGUCGUAUACCUAAAUUGGGGGAGUACCAUUCAUGUCAAAACGAUGCAUUAUCGGCGAACUUGUCCUCGUUCGACAUGCAUAACGCGAGUUUGUUAAUAGCGUAUCCACAACCGGAUAUGUGGUAUAUUAUUUUUGACACGAUAUGUUAUAAUUAUGACAAUCCGAUACGUUGCCCAUUCGAGGAUAUUUCAGUGCUGUUGAACGUACGCAUCAACAAGUGCGUGUAUCCCGAUCCAAGUCCUUGCGGUGAUCACGGCGUUUGUCGGGAAAUUCAGAGAAACAGUCUCCAUUACACAACAUGCAAUUGCUUCGAGGGUUACGCGGGAUACGAUUGCAGUGAUGCUUUAAGCACCACCGCCGCCAUUUCCUCAGUCCUGAGCGCCACGAUGCUCACUUUAAGCAACGCUUUCUUCAUACCAGCCAUUUAUUUAGCCGUGAAACGAGAACUGUACGCAGAGGGCUUGGUGUACUCAGCCACCAUGUUGUUUUCGACCUUCUAUCACGCCUGUGAUCAGAGUGACGGGCGAUUCUGCAUCAUCAAGUACGAAGCGUUACAAUACAGCGACUUUUUCUCCAGUAUUCUCGCCUUUUGGGUGACGCUGGUGGCGAUGGCGAAGUUGACCAACAAAUUCGUGUUGAUGUGCCAUAUGACAGGAGUGUUCGUAAUCACGGUCACCGUGCAGAUCAAUAAAAUGUGUCUGAACAGUAUAUUGAUACCGCUGAUGAUGGGUAUACUCAUACUUAUUUUCGUGCACACUUAUCGCAUUUUUCGCACCGGCAAGUGGAAGAAGCCGAAAGUCAAGGCGAUAGUGGGUCUGUUGUUCGCUAUAGUGGGUAUCUCGCUCUAUUGCUUCGUCGAAACCGAGGGAAACUACGGAUAUAUUCACAGUAUGUGGCACAUCGUCAUGGCGACGUCGCUGAUAUUCCUGCUGCCACCUAAACGUGCUACCUCAUGGAGAAACGCUUCCUCGAACGACGACAUCGAGUCGCGAGACUGCAAAGAACAUCACGGAACUCCGACGUUCACGAUAGUCGAACGGGCAAAGUAAAUUGAAACAGGUAUAACUUUAUGAGAUUAAGAGAGAUUAAAUCAAAAUUUGUGGAACUUCUUUGCGAAAACACCGCAGAUAUGUGUAAUUUUGAACUUUACUUGAAGUUGAUUUAAUAUUAUCACGUUGUUUUCGAGAAGUUAUUUCUCUCAUUAUAAUAACGAACAAUAAGAAUAAGGAGGAAAUCGUAAGUUUACGGCAAAUU